AUGGUGACGUGUAUUACCCAAUAUACGGUAAGUAUUACAGCAGCAAGCAGGGUGGCCCUUAUCAACGACCGUCGCAAUUCUCCUCGUGGUCCAGAGUACCGUGUGCUUUGGCUCAGCCGUCUGCUCGUCAACCGCCGCUACUAUCAACGCGCUUGGGAGCCUCUUCAGCAGCUUUUGGACGAUGGCUUCGCCAACGAGGUGGACCUCGUGGAUCACUGGAAGGAUUCGGCAAGCCGUGCGGCCGAGCUUGCUGGACGCCCGGACAUCGUCACGCAAGAUGAUAUCGACACGUUUGUGGCUGAUGAACUCCGAGAGCAUGGAGUGGACCUCACAGUGGGCACUUCGUGGAAGGUGGUGCUACGGUUCCUGCGCCACCUGAGGGAUGCUGGCCGGGAUUUCAUCGUCAAGGCCAUCGACAAGGACAACUUCACUAUUGCUGGACGGCGUGGAGCACGUGUGCUGGAGGAAGUGCCUCUCUACAACGGACUUUACUUCGUUGUUGCCUACAACCACAGUCUAGUGGGGCACGCGUUCGUGCUAAGCGUCCAAGGGAAGAAGGGCAAGGUUCAGCGCAUCUACGACUUGAAGGGGCCCAAGCCAGUGGCGUCGGCGAUGGACUGGAUUACCUUCGUGGCCUGUAUUCGACCUUUCAUUGACUUUAAGAAAAAGUACGUAAUUAGGAACCACGUUUGCCUUAUCGAAAAUACAUUUUCCAGUAAAAACAAAUUGUGUCUGCAUGGAUAUGGGGAGUCAUAUGCCUAG